AUGGUUGCAGAAUAUCUUACCAUCCGGAACCUAACGUCGACACCAGUUGUAUUGGAGCAAAUUUCAGCCGCUGAGUGUGCAUCCCAAAACGUGGAGUAUUCCGACCGCCAGGACGUCUCCAUUUGUAUAGAGCCGUUUGAAUCGGUGGAAACAGGCAUUCGUGCUUUUGACAAGUCAGAUAAGGAACGACUGCAACUGAUAUUCGACGUAGAGGGUGAGAAGCACCAGUUUCAAACCUCUGUACCCAGCAAGGACUAUGAAACAUCGAAGCCAUUGGCCGAUAACCUCCGUUUCCAAUUCACUGGCAUUUAUGUUAGGCCCGAAUCUUAUUUUGCCAUAUAUUCCUCCGCAAACCCCAAUGCAUGGAUGCGUGAGCUGAAAGACGAAACAUACAUCUCUGCCCUUUCUAUCCCCGGAACUCACAAUUCACCGGCAUGUCAUCUAGCCGCACCCUCGGUUCGCUGCCAGGCUGUCAGCCCACGAAAGCAAUUGGAAAACGGCGUCCGGUUUUUCGAUGUUAGAGUACAACCGCAAUUUCCCGAUGAUCCGGAUAAGGAUAACCUGAUUCUUGUCCACGGUGCAUUCCCCAUCUCACUUGCAGGACAUAAAUACUUCCGCGAUCUCACAAUAGAGAUUGAAUCAUUCCUCGAUUGCAAUCCUUCUGAAACUCUCAUCGUGUCUCUCAAGCGCGAAGGGCCUGGAAGCCAUACUGAUGCCCAACUUAGCCGAAUUCUCCGUGACCACUACGCUCGAGACGGAAGCCCGUGGUACACGGAGCCUAGAAUCCCCAGUUUAGGAGAAGUGCGAGGUAAAAUCGUGCUGAUCCGGCGCUUUGAACUUGAGGAGCGAUUGACGAGAGAAUGGGAUGGACGGGGCUGGGGCAUCAAUGGCGAAGGCUGGGAGGACAAUACGCCAUUCGCGAUUUGUCCCAGUGGAGACAUCUGCGUCCAAGACUUCUACGCAGUUCUUGAGAAAGAAAAAAUUCAGCAGAAAAUUGACUAUAUUAAUGCUCAUUUGAGGAGGACGGCUGAACUGUGUUAUCCAUUUGGGGUCAUUGGGAAAGACGGAGCGAAUGAUGGCGAUGAGAAUCGGAAGUUCCCCUUUUAUAUAAACUUCCUUAGUGCGAGCAAUUUUUGGAAUUUACAGACUUGGCCUGAGAAAAUUGCUGCGAGUAUCAAUCCUGCCACGGUGGAUUACCUAUGCCGAAGACAUCGUGGGGAGAAGGGGGAUUGGUCUACCGGUAUUACGGUGUGUGAUUGGGUUGGAUUGGAUGGGGACUGGGAUCUGGUCAGGUGUAUUGUCGGAAUGAACACCAGGCUCAUGAUGAGGCAAAGAUAA